GCCGCGCUCGUCAUCCUUCCCGACUUAACCACUCUAAUCACUACCGUGAACGUUGUCGACGAUGUCUAACAUAACUUCUGCGAUCUCGCCCAUCGAGCCUCUGACGACCCAUCUGCUCUCGCUCCGCACUCCGCGUCCAUACUCUGCUGCAACUGAGCAUUAUUUCCUCACCGCUGCCGGCGACGGCAGUCUUCCGGAUGAACUAUUAUCUCUAUAUCUGUCGCAGGACCGCCUGUAUGCUGCACACGCAUAUCCUGCAUUCAUUGGCCGGCUGCUCGCUGCAGUGCCAUUCUCGUCACUUGACGCGGUAGACUCGCCUGCGGAGCAAAGUAACCAGCGGAUCGUGCGAGUCCUGAGCGACGCCUUGCAAAAUGUAGUACGGGAGGUUGGGUUUUUUGAUGAGACUGUAAAAGCUUUUGGACUGCAGUCCGACAGUUGGAGGGAGCUGAAGGCGACGAGGGACUACACGGCGGAGAUGGCCCGUAUAGGUGUACAUGGCCGCAUCGAAGAUGGUCUUGUGUUUUUAUGGGCUAUGGAGAGGGUAUACCUCGACGCAUGGAAGUAUGUCGGGUCCUUGCAGUCCAUUCGCCUCCAAGGUCCGGGUACUGCACCAGCGGUGGCUGCUCUUGUCUCGAACUGGACGAACCCCGAUUUCGUAAAAUUCGUUGACGACCUCGCCGAUCUGGUCAAUAGCCUGGAUAUUUCUCCCGACUCCACAGUUUGGCGGCGUGCUGAGUCCAUAUGGGCGCGCGUGAUCGAGAUUGAGGAGGCAUUUUGGCCCGUUGGAACCGAGGAAAUUAUCCCUGGGUAGAGGCUCCUGCCCGAUUGCGAUUCAGCCACACCCGAUUCUCCAUGGAGCUACACAUGCAUACAUACUGUACCACUACUCAAAUCUGGAUGACAUUAGAGUCUCUUGGAAGCGCCGUUACUUGUCGGUCACAAAUGUCGGUUGUCUCGAAUAUGUCGGAAGGCU